GUGUUCGAUCUUUUUCGAUCUUUCUCUCUCUUCUCACAUCUCUUGCACUCGCCAUGGACGGCCGGAACGGCAGCCCAAACCGCGGUCUCGCCGGCGCGGAGCCCGUGCGCUCCCGCUGGACCCCGAAGCCGGAGCAGAUCCUCAUACUGGAGUCCAUCUUCAACAGCGGCAUGGUUAACCCCCCCAAGGAUGAGACGGUGAGGAUCCGCAAGCUCCUCGAGAAGUUCGGCUCCGUCGGCGACGCCAACGUCUUCUACUGGUUCCAGAACCGGCGGUCAAGGUCCCGCCGCCGGCAGCGGCAGCUGCAAGCCGCGGGCCUCGCGGCGGAUCCCGGAGCUGCGAUGCACGCACGCCAGGUCGGUGGUGCAGCUCUGUAUGAACCGACCUCGACCGGCAUGUCAUCGAACAACUCGUCUGGUGGAGGCAGGCUCUUUGCUUGCUCUUCUUCUGCUUCUUCUUCUUCUUCUUCCUCCUCCUCAUCCUCUAGCCUUGUGGGGGAUGAUGGAGGUGCCGAUGAUCUCUUCUUCUCUCGCCAGAUGGGCUUCAUGGAGAGUUGCCAGAAUCCUUUUAUGUGCUAUCCUGACGUCGGUCCAAUGAACUAUCAGCCUGGGACCAUCACUGUCUUCAUCAAUGGGAUCCCAUCAGAAGUUCCAAGAGGACCUAUAGACUUGAGAGCUAUGUUUGGCCAAAAUGUGAUGCUCGUCCACUCCUCCGGAGAGCUUCUUCCCAUCAAUGAAUACGGAAUUCUACUGCAGAGCUUGCAGAUGGGUGAAAGCUACUUCUUGGUAUCAACAUCUACUUAACCCAUGAGAAAUGGCAUCAGCAGAAUCAAAUGCCUCUUCCAGUGAUCACAAUUUCAGAAGCAAUCUCACCUCUUGUCCUAAUUUAAUGAUCUACCACAUCCUUAUGUGUCUAAUUAUUACCAUGGCUGAAGCUGUUUGUAGCUUUCCUAUUAUUAUUUAUCAUUAUGGUGUUGUAUGCACUUGAUAGUGUUUGCUGGAAUACAGAAAUCUUAAUUGUAUUUGCACCUUUGUUUCUUUAAUUGCAUUGGCAGAGUGCAUCAAAAACACUACAUCUUGGAACUACAGAUCUCCCAAGUGUUCUGGAUCUUACAAUUAAUUUGAUUGAAGGAGAUCACAUAUGUAAGAGGAUGGAUGUCUGAUGUCUUCAAUAAAAUUGUAUGCUUCAAAUUA